GCGGCCGUGAUGACGUCCCUUCGCUCGCAAACAUGGCGAAGAAACAACAACGUGGAGAAACCGCUCCGUCCUCAAAGUCCGCGGGAACGGACCGACGGACGGAAAGCUUCAGUUUGACUCUCGCAUCCAGCGACGACGAGGCGCCCGAAGAGGUGACCUUCGAGGACUCGAAGUCUGCGGCUCUCCGGAGCAUGAAGGAGGCGCUGGACACGGCCAGAAGGGAAAAAGAGCUGCUGAAGGAGAAGAGGAGGAAGAGGCAGGAGCUAUUCCAGGAACAGAAGAAAAGAAAACUGUUACCGACCGACGUGUUGGAGGAAAUCGACUCGGCUCCUUCAAAGGAGCAGAAACAGUCAGAGGAUGAAGCUGAGGAGGAGCAGCAGGAGGCGGGAGAGGGAGAGGACGACAGCAGGAGGAAGAAAAAGAGGAGGAGGAGCGGGAAGCUUCCACAUUCCCGAAAUCUGAAGGGAAACUACACGGUGACCACGGUGACGGAGCGAGCGGCGGCGUCCUUCCAGCAGCAGACGGCGGAGGAUUUCAUCCAGUCCAGACUGUACGGAGCAGGAAGCUGCAGGAGCACGAGUAACGAGCUGCUGUCCCUCCAGAACAAGAAGGGCAGGAAUAAAAGUGCAGCGGUGCAGUUUGUCAGGAAGGGCUGGGCCAGUAAAGAAAAAGCCAAAGCAGAGAAGCUGAAGAAGCGGUGGAUCCACAAGCAGCAGAUUCCCUCCUGCUGACCGGUGGGACGUCUGGAACACCUCGACCCGGGACAGAGGACCCCCCCCCAGCACCGGCCCGAGCAGCACAGAGUUCACUGCUUCGUCCUGUGCCUUUAAUUUAAAAGGACGCCGUUGUAUAGACUGAUGGACUGAAUGUGGACGCAGCACUCAGUGCCUCAGCAGGGUUCGGCGGCAGUUUCUGAACUGAAAUGUUUCCUCACGUUUCUUAAAGAGAACAUUUGUGUUUAAGGAUGUUUCUGUAAUAACUUUAUACUCAGUAAGAUCAUUGUUGAGAUCCUGAGACCUGCUCUUUUCUUUUUCUGUGAAGUGACUGUUCUAAAGUCUCGUUAUACUUUUAAAACACAUUAAAGAGUGUUCAGCUACUA